UCAUAUUGUCUAUGUUUGAUUUAUUGAUUCCUCCUCAAAUUGUCUGCCAUUUCGUAAACAAAAAGAAAGAUAACAAACAUCACGUAAUUACUAAUGAAUCAAAUUUGAAUGACGCAGUAUUGUAGUAAAUCCUGUGAAUUGAUGGUGGAAUAUUGAAGGUAUAUAGUGCUUCGAAUUAAGUGAUACCAUGACCAAAUUUUUUGUUUGACUUUGAACAAAGGAAGGUGAUUGUAAUUCAAGAUGACUGACUCAAGUUCUUUUACUUCCCUUUUCGCUUUGGUGGACAGUCACUUAUCAAAAUGUAAUUUAAACGACACGCCUAGUGAGGAUGGUCGUGUCGGGAAUUUACCAAUGCCCAUGCUAAACUUUCCUAGAGGGCUGUCCGACACUAGGCUCACUAACCCGCCUCCAAGAUUACCUAUCCCGACAUUCAGUAUGAGCGAGAGCCCCAUCGCCAAUGUCCUCUCCGAGCAGCUGUCAAAUAUGUUCAAAGCCAAAGAACUUAAAAAGCAGCAAGAGCUGGAACAAGAGAAACUGCAAGAGGAGAUGAGACGGAUGGCUCUUGAAGAGAAGGACUGUGUGAUAGACUUGAUGAAAGCUGUACAGAAACCAGAGGCUCUUGAUUCAAAACCAAAAGAAGAUCCCAGCAGUCUCAACAGCUCCUUUGAAUCACUGGUCCUCGAUUAUAAAGAGUUUGUUGCUAAUUCAUCUAGGCGAACAUCUGAAGCUGGUUUACCAACCCCAGAGCCUGAGCCUCUGUUACCUAUAAAGACAGACAUGUCUUACAUACUUAAGCAGAAGAUCAAGAGAGGAAAGUGCUCAGCGUUUGGUAAAGUGCUGACUUCACGUUUACGUCCCGUCGCUGCACCGUACCUGAGGGAAAAGGUUCCCACCAACAUUGUAAGUUUUGACUUUAGCACCAAGUCUCCAUGUGAUCUGAUUAAGGAGAAACUGAAGAGGAAGCCAGUUCAUACAACAAGUAAUAGUUAUGACUUUUUCUGAUUAAUGGGUGUUGCUAUUGAUGACGAUGAGUCCGAUCAAUAGCAACAUUAAAACAAUGUCUAUCCAUGUUGGAUUCACUCGCUUCAAUAGCGCAUCACAUUAUAUUAGAAUAGUCCAUUACGCAUUUAAAAAAUUGUAUUAGCCUCUUGAUCUUGUUGUCAUUGGAAUUAUGGAAUUAAUUAUUUUAUUUCACUUCUAGUAUUAUUGUAUUCAUAUUGGAACCCGAUCUUAAUGUUGGUGUAGGAUUAACAAUGAUGAUUAUAGAUGAUCAGCUAUUUUCUGUGUCCUUUACUUACAGUAUUCUCAACUCACACAACUUUUUUAAUCUUUAUUUAUUUAGAGUCUGUUGAUCACAUAAAGACCAUGCCAGACCCAUCAUUCCCUAAACAGAUUUAACAAAACUUACAUUAACGUAAAUUAUAUUCUUAUUUACUAUUUUAUAUAAAAAGAUAGCUGCUUUGGAUAAAAGUUGUGACAAUAUACUAUGAAUAACUCCAACAUCUAAGAAAUUAAUUCUAAACAUAUGUUUCAAAGCCUCUCUCCCAGCCCUUGUCCUGACACAUUCCACCAGCAAGUGGUGGACAUCCUCCAUAGUGUCACACUCUGCACAGUUAGGACCGGGACUAUUUCCCAUGAGGUGUUUAAACUCGCUGAGUGGAACGUGACCAGACCAAAGUCUAUGAGCUAUCAUAAUAUAUUUCCUAUUAAUAUUACAGUCGGAAAACCAGGGAAUACGCGGGAGCUCACUUUGUAUUGUCCUGUACCAAAUUCCUUUUCCAUGGAUUUUUCGUUAAAAUACUCCUUCCAGUUCUUGUGACAUAUGUCUUUGUACUUGGGUAAAAUUUCUAAAUAACUUGAAGUUAUAUUAAUUUCGGAGCCAUCUGAUGUUGUUUUGUUUGCCAAACUAUCUGCCUCCUCGUUCCCCAUCAAUCCGACAUGUGCAGGGACCCAUUGCAAUACAAGUUUUAUGUCAAUAGUGUUUUUAGUUUUUAGCGACAGCUAGUAAAGGUAUUUUUUUUAUUUUUCCAAUAUCUAUGUAUUGUUAAACUAUUUAAUUUACCUACUAAAUCCAUGGUUACAUUGGUUUUAAUAGAUUGAGCUUUCAAACAAUAUUUAAAUGCCAAAUAACUUCUUAGAUGUAGGUUAGGGAUACACAGUGCAGAUUCCAUAACAUGUAUGGGUGUGAUACGUAUGAAACCACCUAUUAUUCUCAUAGCCUGGUUUUGCACUUAUUCUAAUUUUGAUAAAUGAGAUUUUGCACUAUUAUCAAUUAAAAAGCUACCGUAAUCGAAUCUACUCCUAAUAAGCGCUAUAUACAAUCUACGUAGGUGUUUCGGAUGAACACCCCAGGCCGUACCCGCCAAUAUUUUGAGCAAAUUGAGAUAUUUUUGAGUUUUCUCCCAAGUUUCGUUUACGUGUGGGGCCCAUGUUUCUCCAUGGAGAGCAUGCGAUCCGUGAUCUCUUUUCGUAGCAGGGGACGGCCUGUGACGGCGGUGUGGAAAAUGGUGGCUAUUUCUGUUAUGCCAACCCAGGAUGUUUGAGGAAUGAGGUCAGAGAUGUUCUGAGACGAAAGGGCAGCUUUCCAUCUCUUGGUGAACGCCGGAGUAUUGUGCGGGGUAACUGGUUUGGCCAUGGUCAUAAAGGAUGACAGUACCACUGCCAGAAUCUCCUGGUUGAUCUGCUCCUCUACUUUGUUUCGGUUCUCAGGACUGGGAACUGCUCUCCUCGAGGAGUCCAUACACGACACCCGAAAAGGAGCAAGGAAGGAGAGGGCAAGAGACAGUGUGAUCUCCUCCAUGCACUAUAUGGUGGAUCCCACCAGUUCUCCUCCCGUCUGAUAACAUUCUCUCCAGUUCUCAACAUACUUGUAGGGCUUGGUACUUUCUAGAGAGAGUGGUGUCUCUGAUACGGGGAUGAGGAAUGGCAUGGUGAUGACUAUGAGAUCAAUAGUAGGUGUGAGUCAGUGAGUCUUCAGAGAAGAGUCAAAGUGUUUCUACCAAUACCGUUUUAUAGGUCGACCUCAUACAACUUCAAAUUUAACCGAUAUAGUGACGAGUUGUCUAUUUGUGUCUGUAGAUAGUAAAAAAGAUGUAUGUACUUUAUAACUUGGUAAUAGAAUGCUUUUAUUGUGAUCUAUUUUUUAAUGAUAAUGUACAUAGAAACAAACACAGCUGAGAUGUCAAAUCUUUUUAAAUAUAGGUACCUAGUUAUCAUAAAAUAAAAUUUGAACAAAUGUGACUGAUGUAAUUUGAUUGCUUCUAGUUAAUUGUGUAGUAUAUUAGUAUAAACUUGUGCUACUAUCCAAAUGACUAAUAUUGUAGUGAGGCAUUAAUAAAAUUAAAUGUGUAGAAGGUAUCCUGAUAGUAUAGUAACUAAGUAGGAAUGUGACUUUGAACUAAUUCAAUGUUUUAAGGGUUUAAUGUUUAAUUGGUAUUUAUGUGAUUAUUAUUAUAGUUAAAAGAAUAAAAUUCAAGUUGUUAUGUAUAAUUCACUUAUCAAAUUAGUUAUUCUAAUGAAUAGGAUACAAUGUAGUGCAGUAGAUACUUUCUCAAUGCUGAUAUUGUCUUGAUGUUAGGAUAUUUAUUUACUACUAAUGUCAAUGUCUUGAUGUACCAAUCAACAAAAUUCACUACUCUUUUGAAUAUUUCAUCAAUUGACAUCAUUUUUAUUUUGGUCCGUAGUUUGAGCAUAUGAACAAAGUAUGACUGUGUUUUCCAUUGUGAAAUCAAUCAUUAGCUUGUAACUCUCAAUGGUACUAGGUGUUUUCCGAUAGAUUCAUCCGUUCUGUGACGGUGCUUCGUAUUUUUGUUCAGAUCAAUUGAUUUUUAUUACAUGCAAAGAGGAGCACCACUGCCCACCUGUAUAAUUAAUGAUCACCUAGUUUUGUAUGUAUUUCUGUUAUUCUAAUAAUUAUUGUUAAUUGUUAUGAAUUUUACUAAUGACAUGUUUAGAACUUGUGAAAUAGCUGGUGUAUGUAUGUAAGCACUCCUCUAAGUAUCCGAUGUAAGAUGUACACAGGCGUUGCUGGUACCCGCAUUGUCAUAACACAAUUAUUUCAUUGUGCUGUCUCUUGACCGCUGUCCGCUGCGAUGUCGCAAUGCAACGCAACAUCGCUUUCUCUGACGUAACAAGUUCGUCGUAGAUUUGUAGUGGUAUUCUAAAGUAUCUAAUAUCCUAGCUUCGUCUCGAAUGUAACGCUUAGCACCCUUACGCACUAGCGAUCCACCGCGCGGCUUGCCGCUCCCUGCGGUUGUCCGCUUUUCUAAUUUAAUAUGCAAAAAAAUCUGUCGAUACGAACCGCCCAGGCGGUCAACCGCUAGUGCGUAAGGAGACUUAUGUGGCAAAUCAAAUAAAAGACAAAUAUGUAUGUCAUUAUCAUACUUAUGUUAUUUUAAAUCACAAACCUUGUCCGGACUUGUAAAUAAAACAUUGAUUCAAUUAUCUUGAUUUUUAUUUCAUAAUAUUUCAAGAAACACUUACUAUCUACUAAAAUCGCUCAAAAUACAGAUAUGGCAAGAAAUCCAACACUACUGUUACAAAUUGUGAUUUGAUUACAUUAUAACACUAUAAUAAUAAAUAACCCACAGAAACAAGAUACAUGUACACCUUGGUAUGGUAAAGAUUGAAGAAAAAUUCAAACAGUGCUCCCUUAAACUAUAUCUGUAAGCCCAAGUAUGGUUAGUAAUAUCUUACAGG